AAAUUCAAACAGAUGUCGACAAAGUCCUUCGCCUCUGCGUUGUUUAUUGCAGAAGUCAGGUUAUUCUAAUCAACAAUGGAGAAGUUGGAGUCACCGAACAGAAGUAUAUGAGUGUUAGGAUGGCUUGCUGUAAUCUGGCAUAAAGUACUGUUAAGUUCUGGUGAGAAGUUUGGAUUACUGGCAGGUGGCCUGUAGCACACGCCUAGAAUGACAUAUCGAGGGGAAGAGCGAGUAAGAAGGCAUAGUAUUUCUAGGUUGGAAGAAAUAAUAAUUGGUGUACAGGAUAAUUCAUGUCAGCAAGCAAUAAGAGCUCAAACCCCGUGUGCCCCUUGACGGUCACAGCGAUAAACAUCGAUAUGCCGCCGUACUGUGGAUGUGCUUGUAUAAUAAGAUCAUCUCAAUGAACGAAAGUUAAGUUAGCCAGUUCAAAUGUACGUAUACGCAAGUUCGGACCACAAAACCUACUAAUGAAGGCUCUUUUCAUGCAGCUAAUUUGAUGUUUGGUGCACGACUGCAUGUCAUUCUGCUCGGACGCACGUGUUAAUAUAAAAUCCGCAAAAGCAAGAUGGCCACAUAUAGCGGAAAGUCGCAUUCAAUUACUGGCAACGCUGGCAUAAACAAAUGGAGUGUUUUGACGUUUUAACGCGAGCGUUUGAUGUUCGCUUUUUACGCGUCUUUGCCCAUAGAAUGGGUAUCCCUUGACUAGAUAAUGGUGUGCUGAUAGGCAGGUAACAUUUGCUAGCGCGGCCUACGUCGAGCAUCCCUUCCACGAAAACUGAACCAGAGAUGGACACAAACUUGGUUUUGGGAAUGCAUCAAGGAAUGAGCUGUAGCAGCAUGGAUGGGAGCGACGUGAGAGGUCUGCACCCAUCAAGUGCUGCCAGUCACAUGGGGAUGAGUUGCAGUAGCAUGUCUCCUGGAGAUGUGAGAGGGAUCCACCAGACAAAUCAGCAUGCCAACCCGACGACUGCACUUGGUAUUGGCUGCAGCCCCAUGGGGAGUAGCGACAUUAGAACACUGCACCCUGCCAUUGACUCUGACCGAGGGUUGAGUGCGAACAACUUGCCAAACAGUGGCAGUGGCGGUAUGCACACAGCCAUGGAACGGGAAAAGGGCCAGACUUUUUGCAGCCCCGGUAACAGUGGAGAUAACCAUUGUCUUCCAGCCAGAUCUUCUACGUCUGUCCACAGUGGCAGCACCAGUGGGGGCGGCAGCGGCAGCAACCUUGGCAACCCAUCUCCAUCUGGCGAGAACAUGGGCAAUUCUGCUGGCACUGGCGGAACUAACAGCAACUCUCCUGAGAACUCUGCUGGUGCAUCAAAAGACGAAGAAGAGCACAGUGGGCCUCCACAGCCUGCAGCUAAGACUGGCAAGGAGCUUGUUCUGGCACCUCCCCGUGAAAGCAAACGGCCCAACAUGAAAAAGAGGAUGGACCUGUCCCUGGCAGACAAGGUUAAGAUAGUCUACUCUCUCAAGGAGCCUGGAGCAAAGCAUGGUGCAGUAGCGAAACUCUACGGUGUUGCACGGUCCACUGUUUGCAAGAUAAGCCAGAAGUCUGAAGAAAUCCUGCUUCAGUUUGAAACGGACAGCAACCAUGACCGCAAACGGCGACGUGAAGGCAAGGAACGCCAGGUAGGAGAAGAACUGUAUACAUGGUUCCAGAACCAGGUUGCACAAGGGUCUCGUCUGUCGGGCAAUGAUAUAAAGGAAAAAGCACGCCUAUUGGCUGCCCAGAAAGGCCACCAUUUUGAGCCUUCUGAUGGCUGGCUCAGCCGCUGGAAACAGCGGCAUGGACUGUCAACACCACGAAAGGAAUCCUCCGCCUCCCAGCACCACUCAUCCCAGUUGAGCGGAGUAAGUGCUUCCGCCCCUCCUCAUUGGGUUUCCAGUGCAGAACUUGUGGCACUUUUAAAACAGUACUCGGCCGAUAAUGUUUUUGCGGCUGCUGAAGCGGCACUCUAUUACUCAGCCUAUCCAGCUGAUCGCUGCCAGCAGGAGUUGGUUAAAGACAAGAAGGCAACUGAGCGCAUCACACUUCUCAUUUGUGCUAAUUUGACUGGUACAGAGAAGAGGCCACUGCUGCUUGUUGGAGACAGUGGAGCAUCUCGGUCCUUUCCGGAUGACCCUUCACGGCUGCCGCUCAUUUGCAAGUUUGCACAGAAGGCACGGAUGAAUGCUGCCAUUUUCACGGAGUGGCUUUCAUUCUGGGACUGGCAGUUGGGUCUCCACCAGCGCAGUGUGCUCCUGCUUGUUGAAAACACCCCAGCUCAUACAUCAAGUGCCCACCUGGAGAAUGUGCGACUCUACUUUCAUCCACAGCCAAUACUCAAGGGGGUUGCACGCAAUCUUAAAGCCCACUAUCGUUCACGGUUGUAUGGCCGGGUCUCAGCAUCUCUGAGUGUUCAGCGAAACACCCGGGCUGCCGACUUGAUUCGAAAGACAACAGUACUUGAUGCACUGUACUUAGUGCGAGAGUCAUGGGAUUCUGUCAAGGGAGACACUGUCUCUGGAGUGUUUGCUCAGGUGGGGCUUCCGUUGUGUGGAACACCACUGCCACGAGGGGGAGCUGGUGUAACAGGCAUGCAGGAUGUCUCAGUGCCACCAGGGCUGACCUAUGACGAAUUUUGCCGUUUUGUCAACCUGGAUGACUUUUUAGAAGGUGUAGUUGAUCGAGUAACAGAGACCCAAGAGGACGAGUACGAGGUAACGGAUGAGGAAGCACUGAAGGCGAUCGAUUUCCUGCGUACAAUGGCUAUGCGGGAAGGGCGGGAUGAGUGGUACCGAUCAAGCCGGGAGAUGGAGGACUUCUGGCUGCAAAGAAUGGCCAACAAAAAAAAGCAGCAGCAGCAGCAGCCACAGCAGCAGCCACAGCAGCAGCAUUGAGUUUUGUACUAUAUGAGCCACUGAAAACCGGUGUGAAUAAAUCAUUUUUAAUUUAAUUUUA